AUGCAGUACUCCAUCUUCACCCUGCUUGCCGUCGCUGCCGCCUUUGUUGCUGCCGCUCCCUCCGAUAUGAUGGCCAAGCGUCAGGGUGCCGUCGCGACUGAGGACGCCGCCAUGACGAACGCCAACGGCGAAAUCAUUCCCUUUGACGCUGCCGGUGUCUACCAGGCCAACAAGGACGCCGGUCUCUAA